CCCCCAGGGCCUUGGCCCCCCCUGACAGUCCCUGGGGGUCCAGGAGCUUGGGAUGCUGUGGACUCACUGGCCCUCAUCAGCCUUCAGUGUCACAGACUGAGCCCCCCAAGGGCCAGGAAACAGGUGGGGCUGGGAGUGGGACUGGGUAGGGGUCCUGGCCUCCAGGCCCUGGCAGGCAGGACCCUCCGCAAACAGCCCCACCCCCAACGGGGAGCCGAGGGUCUGGAGCCAGGAUUCCAGGGUGUUGUGCUGAGGAUGCACCUGAAGCCUGAUCAGGAAGGGCACCAGCUGCUAAUCACUGCCCAGUUCAGUUCAGCCUGUGGUUCCCGGAACUUGGAGGCCUCACCUAGUCCCAUGGGGGCCUUGCCCAGUCCCAUGGGGGCAGCCACAUCAAACCAUCAGGGUCCCUCAGGGAGUCGAUGCUGUGCCUCCUGCCGAACCCAGAGGACCCCACUGUGGCGGGAUGCAGAGGAUGGGACCCCACUGUGUAAUGCAUGUGGUAUCAGGUACAAAAAGUAUGGAAUUCGCUGCCCUACGUGUUGGACUGUACCUAGGAAGAGCAUCUGCCCACUUGGACAUUGUACCCGUUGCGGGGGUUGGCUCUGUACCCCACAAGGCCCUGGCAAGAAAGGGACUGACAGCCAUGACUCCAGUGUCCGGCCCCGGGUGCCCCGGCUCCAUGGGGAGAAGGAAAAGAGCUUCCCCAGAGAAGCUGCAAUGAGAUCAAGAGAGGCAGCAGGGAUCCCCACAGGCCUGGGGCAUAGCCCUGAUGAAAUGUGGAUUCCUGUCCCAGUGGGAAGGCCGGAGCAGUGACUUCAGUCAUGCCCUCCCCCACACUCAUCCAAAGAAAAAAUCAGAAAUAAAAUAGAUCUGUUCAUGCA